AUGUCGCGAAUCUCUAAAUCAACCACAGACAACAUCAAGUCUUCCGAGCCAACUAAACUGAAACUUUUCUGCAUUGUGGAAGGAGAACCGGCAUUCUCAGUGAACAUUAAUUCCGACCAAACUAUUGACGACUUAAAGGAUGCCAUUAAAGCAAAAAAGCCGGGCCUCGAUCAUGUCGCCGCUAAUCUGCUCACUCUUAAACUCAUCUCUGGUGGUGCAACAAAGGAGGGAAUACGCAAGUUGUCCAAAGGGUCACUCAAGGUCCUUGACAACGAAUUUGAAAACUCCAUACUUACUUUCCUGACGGGGCAGCAGAUAAUUUCAUUUACAUUAUUGUUGAAAGAUCGAGAUCAGCUAGAGAAUAACGAGGGUGAUAGGAGCUCCUCCAAAAGGACCAAGCUAGACGAGGACAACCUAAUGAAGGCAAUUAGUGCAGCAGGACUUGCCCAAAAGGCUAUAAUAAAUGGCGAUCCUAAUCUCUCCGUCCUUACGAAAAUCGACAUGAUAUCCAGCCCUUUGGGGAUAAAAAUUCCUGUGCUCAUGGUCCGAGAUCUGUACGUAAGAUCAGCUUUCAAAGAACUCUACGACACAAUCGUCAAGAGUUUUUAUAUAAAUGGAGAUAAUAGAGAGCCUGCAACCAAAAUUGUUGUCACAGGGACAGCCGAGGACUUCAUGCCCUUCCUGAAUCUACCCAGCACUUGGUUCCUAGUCGACAGCUCACCAAAACCAGAGCUCUUGCUCGUCAGGACUAUCUUUUCAGUGUCACCAAAAGCUUUCCUAAGCAAGGUUGAAGCCUUUCAAAAGGUCCCUGACGGUUUUAUGGAACACCUGUAUGAUUUGAUUGGUGGAGUGCCAAGGUAUGUCCUCGAGGCGCCGCAGGAAGAACUGCGCAAAUACUCCGCAGAGGAUCGUUGUAAAGAAAAAGUGAGAGCAAAAGCAGAAAAGCGUGCACUUGGCCGCAUUCAGCAAGCCCUUGACAACCUCCAGGAUCCAAUGAAGAUACUUCAACACUUUGAACAGGCUAAGGACUCACUAUGUUACAGCAGCCAUCUUCUUCACCGUUAUCCGACAGAAGAUCAUGAAGGAUUUCAAUUAGUAUGGGCUUCAAAUUAUAUCAUGGAAAAGGUGUAUGAUGCAGCGGACGACAAUACUUGGAAUGAAAUAUUGAAUCGGCUCGCCAAUAGUAAAGUUGGUGUAGAUAGAGGAGCAAUGUUCGAGCUUUAUAUGCGGUGCAUACUACGGAUAGGCAACCGGUGCUUCCAGGCCAAGAACCUUGAUGACAAUACUGAAAUAACUAUCGAUAUCAAAGCUAGCCCGGACGUUAAAUGGUUCAAUACUCUUGAAUGUUACAAGGACAAGAUGCAAGGAUCGCUAUGGAUCCCAAAUAGCAAAACAUUUGCUUAUGUGGAUAUGUUAAUUACCCCGAACUAUCUCCUUCAAGUUACGACGAGCAAGGAUCAUGGCAUCAAAAGCAAACCCUUCAAAGUGCUUUUGAAAAGUAUGCGAAAAAAUAAGUGGAUUCACUCCUCUAAGGAGGUUGCAUUUAUUUUUGUUGUUCCGCAAGACAUGGUCGAGGAGUUCAAGGAGCAAGCUUACAGAACUGGAGCAGAUCGUGUGGAUCCUAAACCGACAAACAAAUUAAAAAAUAUCAAGCAAUAUGUUUUGGCGGUUGAUCUGCAAGAUGAGCUCCGGAGAUGCAGGAAGAAGGCAAGCCAGGCGGACAACCCAAAUGAAAGUAGAAUUGUGAAUCAAUAAAGUCAAUGUACUCUGAUAGAGGAACUAAAUCGUGAAUAAGGGGUAGGAUAGAUUUCAGAUGAGAUAUGAUUGGAGAGUGAAAAAGUUGAAUAUUUGACCCCCGGAAGCCGUUGGCUAAUGGAUGAUAAAGAAAAUAAUGAUGGGAGGAGC